UGCUUCCUAGAGAUCAGAGAGAGAGAGAGAGAGAGAGAGAGAGAUACUAAUUAGUAUUGGGGAAAUUGUGUAGCAUAUAGUUAAAAUAAAGAGUAACAAAAUGUCUGAUCAAGCCAUGAAAAAGAUGGAAGAAGGUGGCAGCUCGGGUACAGACAGCACAAAUUCUGGGAUUUGCUCUUCUUCUGAGAUUGUUCAACUUACCCAAAAGGUAAUUGCAGAGGUGAUUGGGACAUAUUUCGUGGUAUUUAUCGGGUGUGGUUCGGUAGCAGUGAAUAAGAUUUACGGUUCUGUAACAUUUCCAGGGAUUGCAAUUACUUGGGGAUUAAUUGUUAUGGUCAUGGUCUAUUCCGUUGGCCAUAUCUCAGGUGCCCACUUUAAUCCCGCUGUCACCAUCACCUUUGCCAUCUUUCGCCAUUUUCCAGUCAAAGAGGUGCCUCUAUAUGUUGUGGCGCAGGUGUUAGGAUCCAUCCUUGCAAGCGGGACGCUAUGCCUUCUUUUGGACGUACCCCAAACCGCAUACUUUGGUACUUUACCAGUUGGAUCAGAUAUUCGAUCUUUGAUCAUUGAGAUCAUUGCCUCCUUUCUUUUGAUGUUUGUUAUUUCAGGCGUUGCCACCGACAACAGAGCUAUUGGAGAACUAGCAGGAAUUGCUGUAGGAAUGACAAUAGUGAUCGAUGUCUUCGUUGCCGGGCCAGUAUCAGGGGCAUCAAUGAACCCAGCGAGGAGCCUAGGGCCAGCAAUUGUGAUGCACACAUACAAAGGACUGUGGAUUUACUUUGCAGGUCCAAUAGUGGGCACCGUUCUCGGUGGAUUUGCCUACAAUUUGAUUAGAUUUACUGACAAACCACUCCGCGAGUUAACCAAAAGUGCUUCCUUCAUCAAGUCCCUCUCCACUAAACCUUGAUCAUCCUAUUCAUUCAUUAGUACUUCAUUUGCAUCCGUUUAUUUAUUACUGCUUCGGCGAUCGGAUCCAUCAUCUUCUCCAUCCACCCCGGCUGCACGCAACCAUAUAUGUGGACAAAUGUAUAUCCUAACCCUAGGGCAUAUGGUACCAUAUAUUAAAUUAUAAUUAGUUUCUUAUUCUGUGCAAAGGAUUAAUCGAAACUCAUUUCUAGAUGUAAUUGUACUUUCUUUUCCAUUUUCUAUGUUCAUUAAACAAUUUUAAGAUUGUUAUAUA